CGCUUUUCUUCUACAAAGGCCAGUAGUUGGUCUAAUGGAACUCUCAUACAGGGGUGUUGUUUAACGAUGAGAAGUUUUGAUUUAACAAUGAAUAAUUCGGGUUGUGCGUCAUGUACGCUCGAACCACCACCUGAUAUCCUUCAUAUACCGCCACCGCCGUUUCCAGCAAUUCUUCAACAAAGCUCCGAUUUCUAUCCACAUGCGGAUUUGUUAUCGUUUCCACCUCAUCUCAACGACAGUCCUUGUAAACAUUUCUGCGAUCGUCGUUCCGAAGGAGUUCAAUACAUAGAAAUGCCUCAACAAGGGACAGUAUUCGAUGACACGUGGUUACUGGUCCUAAUAUCUUCUUGCAUCGGUGUAAUUUUCAUAGGCAUUAUACUGGCAACAUUGCUUUUGAAAUGCAAAUUCAAUAGAAGUGGAAAAAGCGGCGUAAUUUCCAUACCAAAUGCAACAUCUGGUAUACAAACAAAAAAUGGAAGAAUUCAAAAUGAAGCUGUUCUUUACCCCUGUGCAGCUGAUACUAUACAAGAUAGUCGUGUUAUGUGGGCAACUCUAACACCACGGGGUACUACCAGACACUAUUUAGAGGAACAUACUUACGAAACAAUCGGUGGCGGACAAUUCCAUAAGCGUGCCUGUUCCACUACGCCAUCUGAACAUACUUAUGCAGAUCCACCGAUAACUACACCAAUUCAAAAUCGGUUGAAGGACGACAAAGCCUUUGAUAAUACCGCGUUCGUAGAUUACGAAGAACCUUCGUUGAUAAAGACUGAUUAUUAUCAGCUCAAUAAUGUCUUGGAAUCAAACGAUCCAGGUAUACAAAAAGGAACAUCGCGACCACGCGUCAGUUCACCAACACGAAUUGAACAUCCAAAUUUACCACCUCUUAACCUUCACCCCCAUAAACGUUCUUCUCGUAAAGGAUCUGCUACGCCACAAACUUCAGAUACAUUAUUAAGAAGUAGUAUUACAUCUACGUACAUUCCUACUCUAUAA